CAUCAUUUUUAUAAUCUCCCCCUUUUAUUUUUUUUUCUUUCCCUUUUUUUCCUCUUUUCUUCUCCUUCUCUAUUAUAAUUAUGGCAAACAAUCAUUUACACUAUCGACCACCUAAUUUAUUAGAAUUACCACUUGAGUUAUUGUUAAAAAUAUCAGAGUAUCUUAGUUUCGCAGACCUUUGGUAUUUAGCAACAGGCUCUCGUCAUUGUAGAGCACUAUCACAUCAAAUUAUUUGGCAUAGAUACCGUAUUGAUCUAUCAAGACCACAGCUCAACGCCUUCAACCAUAUUGUACAUGCAGCGCUAGCCUACAUUAGUCGACAUGGAUAUAACAAAAAUAACGCCAUCGACCAAACCAUUAUACAAAGCGUAUCAAAUCGAUUGGCUGUAGAAAUUUAUGACCGAUCGCCUCUCAAAAAUUGGGAGCCUUGUCUAGACUUUUUUCUUGACAAAACCCUUGGCAUCAUCCUCGAUCAUGUGUUUCUUGAUCCUCUGCUUGACACCACCACAUCAGCAAUUCUAGACCAACCCACCAUUACUAACCUCAGUAAAAAUCAACAUUUGCUGGUAACUGAAUUCUAUCCAACAAGAACAGGCAGGUUAAUGACAAAUUUCUUAACCACUCUCUAUCCUACAAUGAUUGCUCUUUUUGAGACUGAACCAACCACUGAAAUACACCACAGACUAUUACUGAACCAUAUUAAUCGCCAUCUAGACAGUCUAUCUAGUCGCUACCAUAAUCAUCAUAGACGUCGACUUUUAUUAAACACUUCUCCGCGAUCAACCCGAGUCACCGCAUUGGCUGCCGUUCAGCAACAUAACCAAUUCUUACGCUUAAACUUUCGCAUCUUAAUUCGAUUUAUUGGCACCCUAGUACAAACUGAUUUACUCUCGGCUAAUGAUUUGGAUAUCAUCACUCGGCAGCGUAUUCAAUUCUUCUUUUUGACAUUCCAGCAAGUCGUUCACACUAACGAUGAUAUUGCAGGAGACCCACAAAAAAGAAAAUUCAAACGUUCAGAACAACAACCACAGCAACAAUAUCAACAAAUCUUAUUUUACAAUUCUUUAAAGAGUAAGAAUUCUUAUUGUUGGCAAAUGUGGCUGGAAGAAAUCGAAUUUCAAAUGGAGAUAUUUUUAGACCUAAGAAGAGCUGUCUUAUUAUCUCAACAAGGCGAUCCUAUCACAGAUGAUUUAAGCACCGUCUCAACUAUGCUUGAUAACACCGUCUCGGCUCUCAUUUCUACUAGAUCCAAUGACAACCAGUUACCAAUUAUUUUAUCUCCUUCAACUUCAACAGUAUAGCAACUUCAUUGUAUAUUCCAUCACUCCUUCUGUUUAUUCCUUCCCUUAAUAUUUUAAUACCUUCUUUAUUUGUACAUUUCUAUUAUCAUACACUGUAAAUAUUAAUAAAAAUCGUCUCUUGCUCAUUUUUCAUCAAAAAAAAAAAAAAA